AUGUAUUUGCGCACAGUUAGUCUUAUCUUUCUGGUGAUCGUCGUCAAUGUUGACGCAGGGAAAAGUAAGAAAGUGAUUCUUAUUCCAAAACAAGCGCGAAAUGUAGCAAUAGAAGCUUAUAUCUACGGUUAUUCAAUAAUAACUAGUGAAAUAACUCGCGUACAGAUGACUAAUGUAAACGAACGGCAAACUUACAAAGCACCUAUGGGCCAGUUUAUUAAUAUGCGUCAUUAUCCAUCCGCAAGUUUUCGUGGUAUUACCACACCAAAUGCAGAUACUCUCUACUCAACAGCGUGGCUUGACCUUGACGAUGAACCUUGGGUUUUCUCGCAUCCGGAUAUGGGAAAGCGAUACUAUCUUUUUCCUAUGUACGAACAUUGGAUGUCCGUAAUCGAAUCGCCAGGAACACGCACUACUGGUACAGGUGCUGCUACAUACUUGUUGACUGGUCCGAAAUGGAACGGAACAUUAUCAUCACAACUUAAGCAACGAAUUACUAAGCAUAUACGUUCUCCGAGUCGGUAUCUGUUUAUUCUUGGACGCACAUAUUGUCUGGGCAAGCCGGAAGAUUAUGUUACUGUACAUCGACUUCAAGAUCAAUACUUCUUGCGCCCACUUAGUGUCUUCAGCAGCAAUAAAUAUCAAACUCCACAAGAGUAUAAUCCACCAGUACCAAAGGUUAAUCCUAAUUAUGGUUUUAGCAUGACAGAUAAAGUGCGUGAUGUCAUUAAUAAUAUGAAUAUUACUACGUACUUUAACAUGUUGGCUAUGUUGAUGAAGGAUAAUCCACCUGCAAAAGAAGAUGCAGGUAUCGUGAAAAAAAUGGCUCAGCUCGGCAUUGUUCCUGGUAAAACAUUCAAUUGGAACAAUCUCAGUCGUAAACUUCAAAAUGCCAUCAAGCCAGUUCCUAAACUUGCUUUUCACAAAAUCAUAUCUUUGGAAAGUAAAUCUGGCAAAAAUCGAAACGGUUGGAUAUUUCCAAAAAUUCCUAACCACUAUGGUACUAAUUAUCUUCUCCGCGCAUUCAUUGCUGCUUAUGGAUGGCCAGGUAAUCUGCCCGACGAUGCUAUCUAUCUAUAUACUAAUGUCGAUUCAAAUGGAAAGAAGUUGUCAGGAAGAUACAACUAUACGCUUCGUUUUCCAAAAGAUCAAACACCGCCUAUCAAAGCAUUUUGGUCCAUUACUAUGUACGACCCUGAAUAUUUCUUUACACCCAAUGCAUUAAACAAAUUCACAUUGAGUCCUCGAGAUCCAUUGAUUUACAAUACCAAAGAUGGAUCACUUGAUCUUUAUUUUCAGCAUGUGGCUCCUGAAGAAAGCAAACAAGCUAAUUGGUUGCCAAGUCCUCAAGGCAAUUUUGUUCUGAUGCUCCGAAUGUAUUGGCCGCAGAUACAAAAUUCAACGUGGACAGUCCCACCUGUGAAGAAGAUAUAA